GCGGGCAAUAUCAUCGUUACUGGCUUUGCCAUUGCCAUUUAUUAUUGUUAUUAUUCGUCCAUUUAUUAUUGAGCAACCAAAGAUGAGUUGCAAUGGUGGGAUGGUGACGUGGAGGUGGUUUCCCAUUAUUGUCUGUCUGUGGGUCCUUGUCCUUUCCCGAGGAGAAGGACGAGGUGGUCGUUUUUGUUGGAAUGCUUAAUGGCAGUGGCAUUAGAGCUAGCGAUUAGGAAAGAAUCGAGAGAGAGAGAGAGAGAGAGAGGAGAGGGAGAGGGAGAUGGAGUUUUGGCCGGAGUUCUUAGCGAGCAGCUCGGGAAGAGAAUUCAUAGCGGGAGGUUUUGGGGGAAUGGCGGGGGUGAUCUCAGGACAUCCGCUCGACACCCUCAGGAUACGCCUCCAGCAGCCUUCUUCUUCUUCCUCCUUCUCUGCUUUGAAGGUCCUGAGGAGCAUGGCGUCUUCCGAAGGGCCCUUGGCUCUCUACAAAGGAAUGUCUGCUCCCCUCGCCUCUGUUGCCUUUCAGAAUGCUGUGGUUUUCCAGGUGUAUGCAGUCCUGUCACGGGCUUUUGACUCACGCAAUGGCAGGGAUCCCCCUUCAUACAAAAGUGUUGUAUUGGGUGGGGUGGGAACUGGUGCUCUGCAGAGCCUCAUUCUCUGCCCGGUUGAGCUCAUUAAGAUCCAACUUCAAUUGCAGAAGCAGGCAUCAAGGGGGUUGGGUCCCAUGGGAUUGAUCAGGAGGAUCAUGGAGAGGGAAGGCGUUAAAGGGAUGUACAGGGGCCUGGCUGUUACAGCGCUCCGAGACGCCCCAGCCCAUGGAGUGUACUUUUGGACAUACGAGUACACAAGGGAGCACCUCCAUCCGGGGUGCCGCCAGUGCGAAGAGAACACCACCACCACCCUUACCCUUGGGAAGAUGCUAGUGGCAGGAGGAGUGGCAGGUGUCGCUAGUUGGGUUUGCUGCUAUCCAUUGGAUGUCCUCAAGUCGAGGCUUCAAGGUGAACCUGCUGCAUACACAGGCAUCCUCCACUGCUUUCGAAAGAGCGUGCGAGAAGAAGGGCCUGCUGUGCUUUGGCGGGGCCUUGGAACAGCCGUGGCACGUGCUUUUGUUGUCAAUGGGGCCAUCUUCUCUGCAUAUGAGGUCGCGCUCCGAUGUUUGUCAAGCUAUCAAGGUGGUCAGAGUCCUAGUCCUGCUGCUGAAUAGAUCAGCACUUCUCAAGCUGCACUACUCAAGACCGACCAUUGUUGGGCUAGGUUUAUCAUUACAUGAUUGAUAUUUGAGUGUUCUUUAAGAGAAUUGAGGUAGCGGUGGAGGUGCAAGGGAGGAAAGUAUGCCUACUUGUUGCUGGCUUUAUCAAUCUUAUCUGCUGGAAUGAAGAAUCGCUAGUUCGGAGCGGCAAACCAAUACACAGAUGAUGGAUGACAUAAGGUUGGGGUUUGUGGUCAUAGAGAAUCAGGCUGUCCAAUUACAUGCUUAAAAUUUUUAUAUGGCACCAAAUAUAAAAGGGUAGAUCCAAAAUCAGAAGUUUUCGGUGCACGUAUACACAAUAUUAUGAAUUAUAGGAGCCAUGUCCUUCGUGA